GGCAGGGUAGUUAGAUCCUCCCUGUAGUGACGUCAUGUCAUUGGUAGCCUAUCGUCCCGCAGAGGAGGUGUGUAUAAAUGGCUGUUUGGUGCGGGCCGGAUGUGCGUCAUUUGUUCUGUGCCUGCGCUCUUCCCGUUUACCGGCAUUCAACAGAGGUCUGUGGUUAACACACAGCUGUGUGUCUAUUCUAGCACCGCUUGUGUCAUUGUGGGGGCUCUGUGUACGCUGUAGAGGUAAGCAUUUUUAGCUUUAGCGUUCGGCUCUAUCUGAUACCGGAUUAUGGUAUGGUAACACUAGUGCUUGUGUCAUUUAUAGCCUACUGUAAACAACCGUUACGCGCGGUCUGGCUCGUUACACUGCCUAGUUCCAGGUAUGUAAGAUUUAAUAUAUAAUGCCAGAGGUUUUAGGUGAUGUGGUGUGGGGGUCAGCUAUGUUUAUCUUUACUGCAGCAUUCCCGUGUGUUUACCGUUUGAGUUGGGACAUCUAAUAUAUGCUGUUUGGCAUCUCCUUCAUCUCUAUCCCGUGGAUACUGACGUCAGCUCUGCUUUUUGGUGUGGCAAGCGGCUGCGUUAUUUGGGCUAAGACUGUGCGUGCUGCAUUCCCCUACUACAUAUAGAAGCACGCUGCUGUUUUGUUCCUGCUGGAUUUGCUUUCGUUCCUUUUCUUUAUAUUUUUGCUGUGUGUUUUCAUUAUUUUCGUUCUGGGUGAUUUAGCGCGGCCCGAUUUCGGAGUUGUUGGUUAAAACCUGCUCCUACUGUGACUGUAUUUAAAUAUCUAUUUCCCGUACGUUGGGAAAUAACGAGUUUGAGGGCCGCGCUCAUUCAGAUUGUUUAUUUCUUCAUUUCGCUUUAUGGUGUUUCUCGUUUUGGACUGAUUCAGACUGCUGAGAUUUUCUCCUGGAUAUUUUCUUUAAGUUUCUUUUUCUUUUCCUUUUGUGUUGUUAUCUAGCUGUUUAAGCUAGAAUUUAUUUCUUUUUCUUUAUGUUGGGAGGGCUUCUUUUGCCCCCUGCAUUUAAUAAGUUGUUAUUAAUUAUUUUCUAUUGAUAUAUUUUGUUUUGUAUCACAAUUGCAGGAGCUGCGUGUCCGACGGCAGUGAGGCUUUCCUUCACCGUGUGCUGUGUUAUGCUGUGUGAGCACCACUGAUAAAAUCACGGGUAUUGGAGUGUGUGUGUGUAUGCGUGUGUGCACUCAGUGUGAUUCUCUUCUCUUGCUCCUCUCUUAGUCCAUCUGAUGCCCAUAGGCUGCAGCUCUGAAGUAAAUGUGAAUCCUUAUUGUGGAUUGUGAUUUCCAGCUUUAGUAAUUGGCUGGGUGACUACUUUUAUUUCUGCAUUUUAAACUUUUGUACAAAUAAACAAAUUCUAUUUUGCUACCCACGUCUCUUGCUCACUUUGUUCAGUAGAAUGAACCUGUGUUCCUUAUAACAUUUUUUAAGUGAACUAUGAUUCCCUGGUAUAGUCCCAGGGUGGCGUAGUCUAUCUGUAUAUCUUUGAGUCUUGAACAUUACUGAAAAAGACCACUUUGCCACAUUUUGGCGCAGUCGGCAGGGUUCUCACUAAAUUGAGCAGAGACGUGGGUGAAUAUUACUUUACCAGCUGGUAUUGCCAUUAUUUGCUUUUCUUUUUAUUUCACAGGAACAAGACAGCAGCGUAGACUCUUUGAAGGGUCUCUUUGGCCAUCUCCCCUGAUUGUGUUUCAGGUCCAAAUUUUCUUUCUGCCCCGCCUUGCUUGGUGGUAAGUGUUUUACUAAAAGUUAGCUAUGGCAGAAGAAUUACAAGAACUUCAGGAUCUUGUGGCCCAAUUAAGAGCCGAUAAUGAAAGACUUAGACAAGAACAGACUCAAAUUGUUAUUCCAGGUCCCAGUACAGCUCCAAUUUCUACCACCUUACCCUCUGGUGCACAGCAAUCUGCUGGUGCAAGUGCCCCAUCUACUGAGCGAUUUGUGUUUGUUCCCCGAGAUAGGAAGUGCCCAAAAUUUAGCGGGAGACCCGGUAUUACCAUAAAUGAAUGGGUAGAGGAGGCCCAAGCCUGUAUGCGGGUUCGCCAUUUGUCUAGAGCUGAUCAAGCAUUCUUUCUUUUUGAUCAUUUAGAGGGAGAAGCUCGGGAUGAGAUCAGGUAUCGGUCUGAGACAGAGAGGGGGGAUCCAGAUAAGAUAAUUCGGGCCUUAAAGGAAUUGUAUGGGUGUUCUUUGUCAUAUGUAGCAUUGCAACAGGCAUUUUUCUCCAGGAGGCAGCAGGAAGGAGAAACACUUUUAGAGUUCUCUAUUGCAUUGAUGGGCCUCUUGGAGGGGGUAAAACAGCAGUCGCCGCAUGCCAUACCAAAUGCAGAAGCUUUAUUGCGUGACCAGUUUGUCGAGCAUGUGCUCGAUAUUGGUCUUCGUCGGGAACUAAAACAAUUAGUCCGCCGUGACCCUACCUCUUCCCUCUUAGAUGUUCGUAGCGAGGCAAUGCGCUGGGAGCGGGAGGGAAUGCCUGGGGGUGCGAGAGGGCGAAGUCAGUCUGUACCAGUGGCCUAUGGGGUCCAGUAUGCCAUACAGGGCGAGUCGCAGGCAGUUCGUUUGAGCUCCCCUCCCAAGUCGGAGCUAGCAGAAUUACGGGAAAUGUUGAAGGCACAACAAGAACAGUUAAACCAACUUACCCAAGGUUUCGCUCGCUUGCAGGUCCCUAAUUCAUAUAGCCGGUCCCCACGUCACAGUAAUAUAGUAUGUCGGAGGUGCCAACGUUCUGGCCAUUUUGCCCGAGAGUGUGAUGGAGAACGUGUUCUCCCUCGCGCUCCAGCAGUGGGUACAUCUUCGACUGGGGCUAGGCAGUUUCGAUCUUCACAGCCGUCGGAAAACUAAUCCCCACCGGGCUGCGGAGUCACAGCGCGGAUGGGGAGUCAUUUGGCUCAAAUGUUGUAAACCGUCUAAAUUCUGUCUCUCGUUUGGUGUCCUCCUGCCCUCAUCUUAAUGUGCUCAUCGGUGGUGUUCAAGUGCCAUGUUUAGUGGAUACCGGUUCCAUGGUGUCCACAAUCACCGAGAGUUGCUUUCACCAGUAUUUUGAACCAUGGGGGCAGGAGCGUCUUAGGUCUUGUCAAUGGUUGCAACUUACCGCGGCGAAUGGUCUUGCAAUUCCUUAUAUCGGGUAUAUGGAGCUCGAUGUCGAACUUUGUGGUAAAGUAGUACCGGAGUGUG